CAGCCGCAAAACGAAUAUGUUGAACAGUCUCGGAAACGCCGUGGAUACAGACUCGAUCACUUCGAGAAGAAGUAAGUGCGACAGAGAAAGAGAGAGACAGACAGAGACAGAGAGAUAAAACAGCUGAGUUGUACAGAGGACAAUUCAGAUUAAAAUCGAAAUAGAUAGAUAAAUUUCACCGUGGAAAUAUAAACAGGGAGAGAGUUUUAAUUAUUCAAAUAGCAGGGCCAAUCUGGUAAUUGAUUCCAAUAGAAUGUAGUUUCAUGAAGUAUUGAUGAGGAGUUCAAAUCACGUAGGCACAAAUUCAUGUAGUCUUUGUUCUUUUAUCAGUCAGUAGAUCACCGUUGUUUGGUUGAUUUUUCAGCGAACUGUUAUUUACGGUAACGAAUGACACUAACAUUUGAGUAACUUUGCAUAUUUUAGGCGUAAAAAAGAAAGUCGUGAACCACAUACUCAUGCAAAGUAUGCCCACAAACUCCAUGGCCUCAAGUAAGUUGAAUGUUCAUGUUACUUCAUUAACUGUUUGAAAAGGUUGAAUAAUCCUCUCUGGACUGGUGAUCCAUUGCCCCAUUGCCCUACUUUAUCCCAGUUGCCAUAGUGUGAAGCAACUUAGAAUAUUCCUAUUCCUCUCUGGUAGGAUGCCAUUUCAUUAUGAAUGCUUCUCCUCCUUUCCCCUGGGCACUUUGUCAUGAUUUCCUGACAGUUCCUUGGUGCACAUCUAUAUUCCUGUAAGGUGUUUGUUAGGAAUUAGAGGGCGUGGUACACUUUUGUGUAAGAUGCAGCUUAAAUUAGCAACACCACUCAUUUGGUUAAACACAGAAAACAGCAAAUUUUAAUUCUGAUGAUGUGUAUUGUUGCCCCUUUUCAAAGUUUGAGAUUGUUCUUUCUCUUUGACAGGGCCAAGAUGUAUAAUGAAAAGCGCCGCCUUGAAAAAAUACAGAUGAAAAAGACGUAAGGGGAUGCUCAUCAAUAACAUGUUUUGUUGCACUUGUUUUUCUUUGCCAUAUUAUUAUAUAGAUAGUGUGAUUCUUUGAUGUUAUCUUAAUGAUUUCAAUAUUUAACAGACUAAGAAUGCAUGAAGAACGUCAGACAAAGACAAAAGACAGCCAAAAUGUACCAGAAGGUGCAGUCCCUGCAUAUCUGUUGGACAGAGAAGGGCAAUCACGAGCAAAGGUGCUCAGUAAUAUGAUCAAACAAAAGAGAAAGGAGAAAGCGGUAAGUUGUGUUAACUUUACAGCUCACUAGUAGAGCAUGCAAAUAAAUGAUCUGAUCAUAAAGCCACAAGUUAGAAUCCUUGGGCAAAUUAUGUGAAAGACAGAUUGUGAAAAUUCUGGAUUAGAAGCCAGGGUCAGGCAGAACAGCACAUUUCAGUGUUGUUUUACUUGAGUGUAAGGAAAAAUGGAAGGAAAGAAAAAGUUAACAUUGAAACUCUCUUCAAAGACAUCAAACUCAACCAUGUUUUUCAACAGCCAGCCUUAGAAUUUCUUUCUCUUCCUCUCUUUCAUUUGUAAACCUGUUUCUCCAACAGGAAAAUAUAAUCUCUCCAAGUGUAUUGGAAAUUUAUUCAACUGGUAUCAUUAACAGCACAUGAAAUUCUAUGUAAUUAAUCAAACUGCAAUACUAUUUGCUUGUCAUUAGGGAAAAUGGGAUGUACCACUUCCUAAAGUAAAAGCUGUUGGGGAAGAUGAAGUUUUCAAAAUUGUCAAAACAGGGAGGUCCAAAAGUAAGUUUUCGAGCUGUUAAAUGCUACCUGUACUGAAUUUAAACACAUUUAUUCAUGAUAAUGGUGCCCAGGAAAAUUUAACCAUGCAAAAGUUAGAUAAUGUGAUCAAGUCGUGGAUAAAUUGGCUCUUUUGGCCAAUGGAACCCCUUAAGCAGCUGUAUCAAUGUGUAUGCCAUGUGCCACAUCUUUUUCAUUUCAAAUCUGGGAGGGUUGGUAUAAGUUGCUUCAAACAUGUCAGAGUUUGGUCAACCUAAACUUGAGUUACCCCGUACAUCUUUGAGGCUGCUAACAGAGAAAAAAAAGUCGUAAGGUAUGUUGUGGAGGCAUGCCAGAUAUUGAAAUCCCAUCAGGAAAAUGUCAUCAAUGUACAUGUACGUGAAAUAGUGGUCAUUGUAUAAGCAUAUUUUUGUAUAUUACCACAAAUCAAUGGUCUCAUUAUCUCAGGGGAAGGUAUUUUGUGUUUUUGUAAGAUUGUGUUUUUUUUUUCUUUUAGAAAAAGCAUGGAAGAGGAUGGUAACCAAGGUCUGUUAUGUUGGAGAAGGGUUUACAAGGAAACCCCCAAAGUAUGAGAGGUUUAUCAGACCAAUGGUGAGAUCUUCUUUCUUAAAAAAUGCCAGUAUGCAUUGACUCAUUUAUAACGCCUGUAUGCAUAGCCUUACAGGGCGUAAAAUUGCGCCUAAUGCAGGCGCCAAUGCGACUAAAUUUUUUACUUUGGUGACCAAAUCCUGAAAAUUUGUUGCCAAAUUGGUGACUAGAAUGCUUCAUCAUAUCCUUACUUAGAGAUAUAGAGAAUUAAAAAGACCUGCAAAGAUAAAUCCACCGCAAACUUCCUCGUUAAGUUUGUUUCCAAAAAGCAGCACAUGCAUCUCGAUCGAUAACUAGACACCAUCUUGAAUUAAAGUGAGCUUGAAUGUUGAACAUUAUCAUCCAUUCUACUGUCCACAUUGUAGCAUGAUAAAGAUCUUUUUCCUGAUUUAAUUUUGAAGGGUCUAUCUAGAAUGCUGGCAGCAUUAAAAAAAGGUUUUGUCUGUCUUUAUAAAUGGCGACCAACUUUUUUGGAAUUGGCUACCACUUUGAAUAAUUUAGGAGCCAAGUGGCUAUCAGAAAAAAAAAUUAAUUUCACGCCUUGCCUUACCUGUACACUGUAUGUGCAUACUUGCACUACAAGAUACCACAUCCUCAAUCUGCACAGGCUCCAUUAACAGCCAGCAACCAGCAAUGUUUACCAUCUCUGAGGAGCAAAAUAGCUGCCUAUUUUCUCUGAAAUUAACAACAUUAGAGUAAAGAUUGAACUUCCAUUAGCUGCCUACUUUGCAUAUUUCAACUGGUGGGUGAUCUUUGAUUAAGCUGAAAUGAAAUAUUGAUCCAUUGCUAUUCGUUGCUCUUCUUUAGGGUUUAAGAUUCAAGAAGGCUCACGUCACGCACCCUGAGGUGAGAUCCUGAAUUUUACAUGGUUUGAAGUUUCACCAAUUGACUCAUGCUAAAAUUACAGUGAAUGUAAACCAAUUAGCUAUGACCUGUGGAAGAAAUUCUUGGUUCAUACUCAAUUUUGCAUCUUAUUCAACUUGGUCUUUGAGAUAAUUUACUACGUUUAUUACAUACUUUUGUUACUUUUCAGUUAAAAGCAACAUUUUGUCUUCCUAUUAUUGGAGUGAAAAAGAAUCCCCAGUCACCAAUGUACACACAACUAGGAGUCAUAACAAAAGGAACUGUUGUUGAGGUAAGAAUUGUAAAGGUCCUUUCCUAAAGCAGGUUUUCUUUGUCUGACAGUGAUAGAUAGCAAAUUGUAAGAGUAAUUUUAAGGACCCUGAUAAAAUUCAUGUUACAAUAUUUUUCUAAAAGAUGUUGUGGCCAGAUUGGUUCAUACAGUGGACUCUAAGUCAAGAGGUCUGGGUUCAAGACCUGGCCAGGUCAUUGUAUUGUGUUCUUGGCCAAAACACUUUCCUCCCACAGUGCCUCUCUCCACCCGUCGUUAUUAACUGACUUCCCAUUCUGUUGGGAGGAAAAAUACUUCUUAGUCACUUCAUGCUAAGGAAACUGGGAUGAGCUGCCACUGGGUGGGCACCUGGGACAGAUGUUUUAUAUCGACUGUUCAGCUUUUUGAAUGAUUCUAUGAGCCCACAUGGUGUACAGCGGUCAUGUUUAUUACCAUGUACUCUCAUCAAUAUAAUCUGGGUUAUUGGACCUGCCAUCUUGUGUGUGUUCUGUCUUUUAACUUUUCUAACCCGAAAGAUGACAGUUGGUGCUUUGCUGGGAUAAUGAUAAUGACAUUGUAAUCUGGGUAAUUUUGAGGACUUUGUCAAAAUGAUUAUUAAGAUAUGUACAGGUUGUAUGUCUAAACAAACUCAUUCUCAAAUGGAUAACAAAAUUUUAACAAAGCUAUUUUAUGCCCCAACCACUAAGUAUAGUUGAUUAAGAAAAAUAUACAAAGUAUCUUUGUUGUGUAUUUUGAUGAGUUGAAGAUAAUUACCAAAUUUACAUCCUUUCUGCUCAGGUCAAUGUUAGUGAACUUGGCUUAGUAACGCAAGGAGGCAAGGUUGUAUGGGGUAAGCCUACAUGUAAUGUAAUAUUACAUUUUCUAGAAAUACUUUCCAUCACCUGUCAGAAAAAUACAAGACAAUAAGGGAUUUCAGAGGUCAAUUAGAAAACUGAGAAGCUAUAUUCAUCAAAUGCCCCAAGUUACCCAAAUGGUUAAAGCUGAAUACCUUCAUUUGUAACAAACCCUUGAUUGCAUAAACCCAGAUUGAACAAAGGCAAAGUAUUUAACAAUGAUAUAUGGCAUGGGUUAUGUUUUCUUUUGCUGUGGCACCUCUUUUCUAGUUGGGACUUGUCAAAGACAUAAACUAAUACAUAAAAUUUGGAGCAUUUUUUAAAUUCAUUCUGAAAAACUCACCCAGCUGGCAAUGUAUAGUGGAUCAUUGUAGACAAAUGAAGGAGUGGAAAGUGACAAACAGCACUUGUGGUUGUCAGGGAAUUAACUGCAUCUUUUUCAAUCUUUUUCUAUGAUCCAAGAGCCUGAUACAGGCUAAAUCUGUGGUACAUGGAGAAACAAUUUGAAUUGUUUUUAAAAGGGGUUUUGAGCGACAUAUUUAAAAUUUAGUGGUCUUAACCAGUUGGCCAGGGUGCAUCCACAACAUCUUAACAUGAAAAGUUUUUGUAAUUGGGUGUCUGAAAAGAGAUUUAUAUACCACCUUAUUGCAUCAAACUCUCACAUUUAGUAUUAUGAGUGUUUGUAAUUCAAUUUUGAGAUGUCGAGUGCUUCAGAUUGUUUAACUAUACGUUCUCUUUGUUAUUAUUUUUUUUUAGGUAAAUAUGCUCAAGUUACAAACAAUCCGGAAAAUGAUGGUUGUAUCAAUGCUGUAUUACUGGUUUAA